AUUACAAAUGCAUGAGGGAGUAACGUCAGGUCAAUGCAAGUGAACACACUGUAGUGUUCACGGGGUGCAGAUUACUUGAGAAAAAUCAUCAUGAGGAGAAAUUGUAACAUCAGAAGCGCAUGCUUAUUUCGUGCUUUUGAGCAGCUUGGAAACAACGAGGCCGUUCCAAAAAACUAACAGGACUAUGAGGGCGACAAGCGGAGAGCCACUAGACAAAGGAGAGCUCCAUUUCCACAAAAACACCCCAUAACGGAGCAAACAAAGCCAAACAACUGUUUUGACAGCUGCGCUGCUGACUGACCAUCGCCAUUCAGACAGGACAUAUCGGAUUUAACCGAACCUCUGCUGGAAAAACAAACUAGAGUGCUAAUCGAUUUACUUCUGUGCAAAAUGGGGGAACAGCCACUAUUCAGCGCCAAGGCGCACGUUUUCCAGAUCGAUCCGGCCACUAAACGUAACUGGAUUCCGGCCAGCAAACACGCUGUCACCGUCUCGUUCUUCUACGAUGUCGGCAGGAGCGUGUAUCGCAUCAUCAGCGUGGGGGGCACUAAGGCGAUUAUAAACAGCACAAUUACACCGAAUAUGACCUUCACAAAAACAUCACAGAAAUUUGGCCAGUGGGCAGACAGCAGGGCGAACACAGUUUACGGCCUGGGAUUCACCUCGGAGCAGCAUCUUCAACAGUUUGCAGAACAGUUCAAGGACCUAAAGGAAGCAGCUCGGCUCGUUCGGGAUAAAUCUCAGGAAAAGUUCGAGUUGUUGAGUCCUGCUUUAAACAUCACAACUCCUCAGGCUCCUCCGCUGCUCGAUGUCAACGGCUCCACUGAGGAAAAGCUGUUUCGCAGUAAGAGUGCUGAUAUGGAGCAGACCACCGAGAAGGAGCAGAUGAGGAAGAUGCUGUCUGAAGGGUCGAUAUGUGAAAUAAACUCAGAAGCCGAGCUGUUUUCUCUUCGGGAAAGCAACGCAAAGCUGUUAGCGGCUCUUCAUGAAGCGAGCAGCAGCAUUGAACAAUGGAAAAAACAGCUAGCCGAGUAUCAGGAAGAAACAGAUCGGCUCAGAGAGCAGGUUGCAGAGCUGGAAGCUCAGAGCUCAGUUUCAGCCUCAGGCGAGAGGGGGAGCGAGGAGCUCACUCAGUCUAUGGCGGAGAUGGAGGCCCUUAUAAAAGCUAAAGAUGAGGAAAUAAAGAUUCUGCAAGGCAAGAAACCAGACGUUACUGAUCUGGAGAAGGAAAGAGAGGAGGCCAGCAAAAGGGUCCAGGACUUGGAGGAGAAGAACGCAGAGUUGGAGAAUCGUGUGCAGUCAGCAGAAAACGCUUUAGCUUUCUCUCUGGAUGCCCGGAACCAGGUGGAGAGUGAAGUGCAGAAUGUCAUUGAGACUUUAGAUGUCAAGAUCUAUGAUUUGAGUAACCUGCGACAGAAUUUAUCCAAGCUCCUGGAGAAAUGACUAAAGCAACAUCAACAGCUGCAGUUGGACAGCAACAGCUGCGGCAAAACCUUCACAAAGACACUAUUAUAAAGUAGAAACUCUACUGGAAUCUGUCCAGCUGCCCAAGUCGCACAAUUCAGCGGUUCAUCAUGGUACGCGUCUGGUCGCAAAAACGAAUAAGUUGCAUGACAGUAACUUAUGUUUAGGGCACCAUUGCUGAUUUGCUUCCACUGUUCACAUUUAUCAGAUGUUUCUCAUCUUCAGAACAGAGCACAUGUUUGCCUAAAAUAAUAGCAAACUGUGGAAAAGAGCUUUUUAUAGGCAGGUUUCAGACCUGACUGGUACUGCAGAUAAAUAUAGUUUAGAUGACAUUGACUUGUGUUAAAUCUGUGAGCUAACUAGUUUUUGAAGCAUUUUGAACAGAACGUGUAGAAAUAAGCUAUACUGUUCAAUAUAUUCACCAGUAUUGUUCUUUGAUGCAUAUAGCUAGAAUUAAACAUUAAAAAUAUCUCAGUAUUUAAAGCUACCAGUAUGUCUGUUGGGAGAUUCUGUUUGGACAUUUAUUAGGCUAUUAUUUCAUUGAAUGGCUUAUUGAAUUACUCGGGCCAUUAGCACUUUCUCUUACAUGCCUCAUAAAGUUUAUGUAGGGCUCUGUACUUGACAACUACAGCAACGGAAAUAUAAGCACAUAGUUCUAACUUCUAACACAACAUAUCUCGUGGCAACAAAUGAUAACAAGUAUAACAUUAACAUCUCUUUAUCCUUUACUCAUUUAUUCAUUGUUUUACUGGUGUGCUGCAGCUUGUGUCUGAAUAUGCAAGUAUUUGUUGUAUAAAGCCUGAUGGGUUCCUGCAAGCUGGACAAUUUAAUAGUCAGAUUUAAUUUCCACUACAGUUCAAUCAGUUUAAACACACUAACCGCAACAACCCUUUAGGUGCGUAACUUUAGACCUUUUAAUGACCACAAUCGUGUGUCAUCUUGCUUGCUUCUUUAUACCAUUAUUUAUACUAUGUAGUUCUCCUUUUUUAAGAAAGUAUUUUCCUUUCUUUAGUUUAACGUGUACUGUAACGGUUGUGUUUAGUCCACUUGGACAUAGUUUUCACAUACUCUCAAGAACAUUUGCACAUAUGCUAUUUUUCUAUUGUGUGCCUGUUGUUGGUGAUUUUAUAUGAGUUCACAAUAAAUAUAUGAGUGUUUGCCUAC